AACGUAGGGCAGAGGUCCUUUUAUGAUUAGGUAAAACCUAAAUCAAUCAAACGUUCAGUGCAGCUGGAACUCAACUUUUUGACUAGACCAUUCAUUGUUGUCGUACAAUCAUAUUCUUUAUAUCUAAUUUGAUAAGUCGCUUUUAGGAGACAAUGUAUCCGUUAAUGUUCACACUUACAGCCUAUUUACUAUGCAUUCCAGCUACAUUUGGAAAAACUGUGUCGGGAGUUUUCAAGAGCGAUGCAGCCAGAGAGCAGAAUGGACAGUACAUCACAAAAUUCAUGUACAACGUGGGUAGUGGUCUGGUGGUGUGCAGGCUGGAGAAUGCUCCCCUGGCCACGGAGAAGGAGUCCAGACUGCUAUUCUUCCCGGAGAUGGAGGACGGCUUCGACAUCGACAACCUCAGCUGCCACGACCGCCUCUCCAAAGCACAGCUCUCCAUCCRUCUGAGUGAGGAGGAGCACAACCAGAGCAUCCCCCACCUUCACUCCCCCACGGCCUGGAUGGYGCUGUAUGCAGACCGCUACACCUGYGGGGAGGGGGGCAUCAUCCCUGCCCACGGGGACCUGACCUUCACCAUCCUGCUGUUCAACCCUGACUCGGCAGGCAACCCCCUGGAACACUUCAGCGCUGAGGAAGCAGGCCUGCAUAGUUUCUACUGUCUGCUGAUCCUGGCCUACUUUGUGGCGUCCUGUAUCUACAUUCAGCCUCUGUGGAUGGCCCUGAGAAAGGGUGGGCCCAUGCACACGGUGCUGAAGGUGCUCUCCACAGCCUUGGUCCUACAGGGGAUCUCUGCCCUCUUCAACUACAUCCACCUGGCCAGGUAUGCCAGGGAUGGAGUGGGCAUUCCUAUCAUGGGCAGCUUGGCAGAGUUCUGUGACAUGGUAUCCCAGGUGUCCAUGCUGUACAUGCUGCUGAGUCUGUGUGUGGGCUGGACCCUGAGCAAGAACAGGAAGCCCCAGAGCAGACCUCUCCAGUGGGACUCCUCCCCCGCCUCCAAAGCCCUCGCUAUGGGAGGGGUCGCCACACAGGGGGCGCUACUGCUGUGGGAGCAGUAUGAGGAGACGGAGCACCACAGCUACCAUGCCCAGCGCAGCAUAGCAGGUCUGUUACUCAUUUCUCUACGUAUCAUCCUGGCCUUGUUGCUGGCCUCUGUGCUCUACACCAUCAUCAGCACAGAGAGGAGCGCCCUCAAGAGAGACUUCUAUCUCAGCUUCGCCAAGGGUUGUUUUAUCUGGUUCCUGUGCCACCCUGUGCUGGUCCUAGUCUCUGUGAUCUUCAACGAGCAUCAGAGAGAAAAGGUUGUGACAAUCGGUGUGAUUCUAUGCCAGGCUAUCUCGGUGGUGAUCCUCUACCAGCUUUUCCUGUCCCGUAGCUUAUACUGGGAAGUAUCUUCUCUCUCCUCUGUCUCACUACCCCUCACCAUGUCCAGAAGGGGCCGGGGACGCUACUGACCCCGCGUGCAGGGGGAACACUUUCACUGUGACACACGCCGAGGGCGAAGGGAUACACUGUGACACCUGCAGUUAAAGGGACAAUAGUUCCACUCCUCUACACUCACUCACGGUAAAGGUGCCCCCACAGAUGGGUGAGGAAAGAGGAGGGUGGGAUGAAGAGAAGGAAGUAGGAAGUUCCCCCACAAAUAUAGAAGAGAAGAGGAAUGAUGGCCUGCUCAUGUAGCUGGAUAGCACACCUAUUUAAUACCCUCCCAAACAGGAUGAGAGUGAGACCUGGGUUUAAGCGCACAUAAAGUAUGUAUGUAAAUGAGACAAAUUUUUUAGUAUACAACAGAUGCGGACACAUGUAACUGCCAAAAUAAUGGAAACACUUGAGUAAAAGAGGGAUCCAAAGUAUAUUAAAAGCAGGUGCUUCCACACAGGUGUGGUUCCUGGGUUAAGCAAUUCACAUCGCAUCAUGCUUCAGGUCAUAUAUCAAAAUUCUGUCUGCCAUGGCUGUGGCCCUACAGGCUGACAAUGCCCCCAUCCACAGUGCACGGGUGGUCACUGAAUGGUUUGAUGAGCAUGAAAAUGAUGUGAACCAUAUGG